AUGAAUAAGCAAGUGUGUGAAAGCUUUCAGAGUGUAUGGGAUGUUUUCCCCGAUAAAUUGACCAAAAAUAGUGAAUAUUAUGAAUUUAAUGAUGAUAAUUUUUUAAAUGGUUAUUGUUUUAACAAUAAAUGUGAUCGUGAUCAUCCUCUCGAUAAAAUUAAUGCUGGAUGUUUAUUUUUGCUUAAUAAAUUCUUUGGGAGUUCUGGGCUUUCGAAUAAGGCAAAAAAUAAUAUAAAUUUUGUUGAUUAUAUUAUGAUAUGGUUAAUUUAUAUGUUAAGCCUAAAGAGCAAUCCAGAUAAAAACAGUCUAAAACAUUUUUAUACUACGUUUAUAAAAAGUGAUUUCAAGUAUAAAAGUACUGUAGACCAUGUUAAAGGUUGUAGUAAUUUUAAGGAUAUUAUAGAAAAUAGACAUACUUUAACGAAUGAUGAUAUGGAUAAUAAGAUUAUAUCUGAAUUAUAUAAUGCAUUUAAAUUAUUAUGUGAAAUGUAUACUGAUUUUGAUGAAAACACGUUAAAUUGCAAAAAAUGUUUGGAAAAAGCUAAUGAAUUUGUUGAAAAAUAUAAUGAACUUAAUGGAAAUUCUAGUAUUACUAAUGAUAGUUCCUGUAAUAAACUAUUGUGUACUUUAUCAAAUGAUUAUGAUAAUUUUAAAAAGAAAUAUGAUGAUAUUCAAAGUUGCAAUUCUUCACCCCUUCCAACGAUAGAAAAAUCAGAAAAAUGUGUACAAAGUUCUCAUUUAAUUCUUGAACAAAUAUCUGGAGAUACAUCAAGUUCGUCGAUAGGAAACAAAUUAUUUACAGUUUUAUCGAUAUUUGGUGCAAUAGCAUUUUUUUUAGGAAUUUCUUAUAAGUAUUCGUUAUUUGGAUUUCGGAAACGAUUUAAAAAACAACAAAUAAGAGAAAAAAUAAAAAAUAUAAAGAAGAAAAUAAAUAAUUAA